AUUCCUCCCACUGACACCAAUGAUGGGGCAUGAUUCCUCCCACUGGUACAAAUGAUGAGGCACUAUUCCUCCCACUGACACUAAUGAUGGGGCACUAUUUCAUCCACUGACACCAAUGAUGGGGCACUAUUCCUCCCACUGACACUAAUGAUGGGACACUAUUCCUCACACACUGACACUACUGAUGGGGCACCAUUAGUGUCAGUGGGAGGAGUAGUGCCUCAUCAUUGGUAUCAGUGGGAGGAAUCAUGCCCCAUCAUUGGUGUCAGUGGGAGGAAUAGCACCCCAUCAUUGGACACAUAUGCUGGCUGCAGCAGCACCAUACUGGAACAGAGGUCAGCAAGUGUCAUUGGUGUCAGUGGGAGGAAUAGUGCCCCAUGAUACCAAUGAUGGG